AUGUUUAAGAAAAAUAUCGUUUGCUGUCUGCUAUUAGCAGGCGCCAUAAUCGCUGUCACGGGUCCUACAGCCACACAAGCCACCUAUGAGGUGAAUCUCCUGCGUUUGCGUAGUGAACCUGCCGCGCUGUUGCGUCAAUCACAGAAUACUUUCAUACAGUGGGUGCUCUCGCUGUUGCCCAAUCGUCCAAAUAUAUUUGGUGUGCCACCUAGUACGACCACAACAUCGCCUGAUGGUUUGACCAGCACCACAGAACUGCCACCGGCACCGCAACCAGCCACCGCUACACCAGCACCCGUGCCGAGCACCAGCACUACGUUGGAGCCCACAACACCAGCACCGCCGAGCACAACGGCAGUACCGACUACCAGCAGUACGGCAGCGCCCAGCACAACGCCCGCACCACCGCCGAUCGUACUCAAUCCGCCACGGAAUUGCACGGAGUGCGUUUGCGGCAUAGCCAAUACACAGAAGCGCAUUGUAGGCGGUCAAGAGACGGAGGUGCAUCAGUAUCCUUGGAUGGCUAUGCUGUUGUAUGGUGGUCGCUUCUACUGCGCCGCUUCACUCAUCAACGAUCAAUUCCUUAUCACUGCUUCGCAUUGUGUGUAUGGCUUCCGCAAGGAGCGCAUUAGCGUGCGCCUGCUGGAGCAUGAUCGUAAGAUGUCGCAUUUUCAGAAGAUCGAUCGCAAUGUCGCCAAUAUUACCACCCAUCCGAAAUAUAAUGCACGUACAUAUGAUAAUGAUAUCGCCAUCAUACAAUUGGACAAACCGGUGGAAAUGACCGAACUCUUACAUCCGGUUUGCAUGCCUACGCCUGGCAAGUCCUUCAAGGGUGAAACUGCUAUUGUGACGGGUUGGGGUGCUAUUAAAGUGGGUGGACCUACCGCUGAUACAUUGCAGGAAGUACAAGUUCCCAUCAUGUCGCAGGAGGAUUGCCGCAAAUCGCGCUACGGCGCCACGCGGAUCACAGACAACAUGCUGUGCGCCGGUUUUGAUGAAGGCAAGAAGGACUCUUGCCAAGGUGAUAGCGGCGGACCGCUGCAUGUAGUCGCGCCCGGUACUAGAGAACAUCAGAUUGCUGGCGUAGUAUCGUGGGGUGAAGGUUGUGCCAAAGCAGGCUUCCCUGGCGUCUAUGCACGCGUCAAUCGCUAUGGCACAUGGAUUAAGACCGUCACAAGAAAUGCUUGCCUUUGUCAUUCGGAAACCAAGAAGAUAAAGAAAUUUUAAUUGUUUCGGUGGUAUUAACGUUAAAGGACAAUGUAGAGAGCGCGAGGCACUGCAGAAUUUCUCAGACGGGAGCUUUCAUAUAUGUAUACGUAUUUAUGUAUUUGGGUCACUU